AUCUUCUGUAAGUUUGUGUUUUCAUCUCUGUUUUUCACAAAUUAUCAUUAAAAAGAGUAAAGCAGUUUUGAGUGUGUAUUUUUGCAUGUUUUUUGGGGUCACCAUAGUUGUCCACAUGGAAGAGUAAGAAUUGUGACUUUUGAUCAUUUCUUCCUUUCUUUUGGAUUUUUUUUAAUAAACUUUUUUAGAGCAGUUUAAGGGUUUAGAGAAAAAUUAACUUGAGAGUACAACAAUUUUUCAUAUAUUCCUACUGGCCUAGGUCCCCUAGCAUUAACCUAGUUUACCUUAUUAUUAGCUUCUUGCCUAGAGUGGUAUGUUUGUUACCAUUGAUGGACCAGUAUUGAUACAUUAGUAUUAAGAAAAGUUCAUAGUUUAGAUUAAGGUUUACUCUGUGAGUUGUACAUUACACGUUUUGAGAAAUGUAUUAUGACAUAUAUCCACUGUGACAGUAUCACAGGAAAAUCAUUUAGCUGUCCUAAAAGUCUUCUGUGCUCCACCCAUGUUCCCUUCUCUUCAAUUCUUGGCAACCAUGAUCUUUCUGAGUAUCUCCAUAGGUUAGCCUUUUCCAUCCACAGAGCUGGAAUGAUACAGCUAUGUCUUUUUUCCUUUUAGUGUGCCUUGUAACAUUUUGUUGAAAGCCAGAAAUGAUGUACUGUCUAUAAAGAACUGAGGAUUUCAGUUUGUUGAAAUGAGCAGUCGUAAAUCAAAGAGUAACAACUUAAUACAUGCAGAGCUCCUUUCACAGGUACAAAGAGUUUUACGGGAAAGAUUUUGUCAUCAAAGCCCACAUAGUAACUUAUUUGGAGUACAAGUACAAUACAAACACUUAAUUGAGCUGUUAAAAAGAACUGCUAUCCAUGGAGAAAGUAACUCUGUUCUCAUUAUUGGGCCCCGAGGAUCAGGAAAGACCACGUUAAUAAACCACGCUUUGAAAGAACUAAUGGAAAUAGAAGAAGUGAGUGAGAAUGUAUUACAAGUUCACCUAAAUGGACUGCUGCAGAUCAAUGAUAAAAUUGCCCUAAAGGAAAUCACAAGACAGUUAAAUCUGGAAAAUGUAGUUGGAGAUAAAGUUUUUGGAAGCUUUGCUGAAAACCUUUCAUUUCUUCUGGAAGCUUUGAAAAAAGGUGACAGGUCUAGUAGUUGCCCAGUGAUCUUCAUAUUAGAUGAAUUUGAUCUUUUUGCUCAUCAUAAAAACCAGACACUCCUCUAUAAUCUUUUUGACAUUUCUCAGUCUGCACAGACUCCACUAGCAGUUAUUGGUCUUACAUGUAGAUUGGAUAUUUUGGAACUCUUAGAAAAAAGAGUGAAGUCACGAUUUUCUCACCGGCAGAUACAUUUAAUGAAUUCAUUUGGUUUUCCACAAUAUCUUAAAAUAUUUAAAGAACAAUUAUCUCUACCUGCAGAAUUUCCAGACAAGCUCUUCACUGAGAAGUGGAAUGAGAGCAUUCAGUGUCUCACAGAAGAUAGAAGUGUGCGAGAAGUACUACAAAAGCAUUUCAAUGUCAGCAAAAACCUGCGGUCAUUACACAUGCUAUUGAUGCUUGCUUUAAAUCGCGUAACAACAUCACACCCGUUUAUGACUGCAGCAGAUAUGAUGGAGGCCCACCAGUUCUGUAGCAUGGACUCUAAAGCAAAUAUCGUACAUGGUCUGUCAGUCUUGGAAAUCUGUCUUAUAAUAGCAAUGAAACAUUUAAAUGACAUCUAUGAAGAGGAGCCCUUUAAUUUUCAAAUGGUCUAUAAUGAGUUUCAGAAGUUUGUUCAAAGGAAGGCCCAUUCUGUUUAUAAUUUUGAGAAACCUGUUGUCAUGAAGGCUUUUGAACACUUACAACAAUUAGAAUUAAUAAGGCCCAUGGAAAGAACUUCAGUAAAUACACAGAGAGAGUACCAGCUGAUGAAACUACUUUUGGAUAAUACUCAAAUUAUGAAUGCUUUGCAGAAAUACCCCAACUGUCCUACAGAUGUUAGGCAGUGGGCAACAUCCUCACUAAGCUGGUUAUGAACAUAACCAGUGGCUUCACUUAUGGAGUUUCAGGCAUACUUCUCUAAGGAACUAAAAGCUGUUUUCCUUUAACAAGAUAUGUUAUUACAUUUUUUUAUAUUUAUAAAACUGUAUUUUUGUAUUUAUGGGAGACUAUUAUACAUGUAGGUCUUGGCUGUGUCUUGCCUUUGAAUCAUGAACAGUUACAUGAUUUAUAAUUCCAGUGGUUUAGAUUAUAUUGUAAGAGUUCAAAGAAAUAAAUGUGACUGUUUUAGGAAAUGAACCAUAUGCUUAUUUAACACUUGUCAAGUAUUUAUGUGGCAUAUAUAUUUGAAUAGUUCGUGCCAACCCAGCAGCCAAGUGUUUUUCACAAACCCUAAAGCAGUAAAGAAACAAUGGUAAGA